UGAACUUAUUUUCGUCAUGCAACUAACACUUGCUUACACUUUAUAUUAUAAUUACCAUAUGUACUCUUUUUAAUCACCGUUUAUUUUGAAUUGUAAAUAUACUGGACAUAGACACGUACAAAGAAAAAAAAUCAACUGCAGGAGGAGGAAUACAAAGGAAUACAAAGGAAAAAAAAACAGAAAUCAACUACAGGAGGAGGAGGAGGAGGAAUACAAAGGAAUACAAAGGAAAAACAGACAAACUACUAGAGGAGAAAGAAGAGAAGAAGGAGAAGGAGGAAUAUAAAGAAAAUAAAAGACAGGAUGAGGAGGAAUACAAAGGAAAAAACAGGCAAACUACAAGACGAGGAGGUGAAAAGGAAAUGCCCAUAAAACCGAUCCAAGUCAAAUCACGCCACAAGAGGAGGAGGAGGAGCCCAGCGUCGUGUGCGUGCAGCGUGAGUGGGCUGGUUACUGCAUUUCGUGUCCAGACAGUCCAGCAACACGUCAGGCGCUCCGGGGCAGGAUGGCGAGGAGCAGAGGAACUAUUGGCUUGAACACAAAGGAGGCUUCAGGAGGCAUGCAGCGGGCCGGGCACGAAGGCUCCUUCACUUAUGAUAAGGACUUCGUGAAGAAACGCACCGUGGCGGACAUGACGGAUCUGAUGUGCCAGGAGUCCACAGCACACGGGGUCGGCCACACGUGGAACAACCGCCGCAACCUCCUGGGCGUGUUCUGGUUCCUGGUGACCGUCUCGCUCUUCGCCCUGCUGCUCUACGUGGCCGCCACCCUCUCCUCGGACUUCCUGGCGCGGGAGGUUCAGUCGCAGAGUAAGGUGUACGUCUCCUUCCAGACGGCAGUGAAGCUCAAAGGUGAUGACGGGCUUCAGUUACCCUCAGUUGUGUUGUGUAACCGUGCCUUCUUCUCGCGCAGGAAACUGGAAGCGAUGGGUAUAAGCAGCAGCCUUACUCACUACCUCGUGGCCUCUGUGGGCUCCACCUUCGUGCUGCGCGAGGCCAAGGGCGUGCAUGAGCGGGCCACGUUCUGGCAGGAGGGGCACGCAGAGCUGCAGCGCAUUCUGGUUGACAGAAACAUGACCUUUGCUGACCUUAUCCAGGCCGUCUCCUACACGUGUCAGGAGAUCAUACUGCAGUGCAUCAUUGGAGCUCGCCGCCUCAACGCCGCCGAUUGCUGUUCAGGGUUCACCAGCGCGCGCACCAUGACCGGGGUGUGCCACGUGUACCUCGCCUCCUCCGCCGACGCCCAGCCCUCGGAAGGGGAGCACAUGGGCCUCUCCUUCUACAUUAACAUUACGAGGGAUGAUUGGCCCGAUCUGGACCCCCGCAUCCUGGACGUCUCCCAUACUGCCAAGGUCGGGCUGCAGGCAACGCUCACCAGCAACCACACGCAUCCCGCUCACGUGGUGCUGGGGAAGGGCGCCGUGCUGCAGCCUGGGAUCCUCACCUCGGCCACCGUCACCCUUACUGUGGUGCGGGACAUCGGCAUCAAGACCGUGCUGGACCUGUCUGAAUCGCCGUGUCUGCCGCUGGCUGGCAUACAACCCAUGCCGGGACUCCAAAACUUCCUCGACACGGAGCCCAACUGUGACCUCCGCGCUACUCGAACCUGCCUCCGUAGAUUUUGUAACUGCACCCUCUACUCCCUGAGCAUCCCCGGCGACAGUGUACCUCUGUGUGUGCUGAUGGACAAGAUGCACUGCCACGGGCUGCUACGCCACGGCCUGGUGGAAGACGGCCUCCCGGAAACCAGUGACUUCGCCCUCAAGCCGAGAUCCUCCGCCGACAUAUGCCUGGCAGAGGCCCGGCGUGGGUGCGGGCGUCUGUGUGAGCGGCAUGACUUCACCUCAGCCACCAGCCACCUGCCCGUGCCGUCCUCUCUGUACCAACACCUCGCCCAGCAGUUCUCCCUCUCCAAUGGGAGCGACAUGGCCAUCCUGACUGCCUUCUACCCUGACCUUCGCUACACGGAAGUCAAAAUCUGGCGCAAAAACCUCCUGCAUUUUUUCUGCACGCUCGGGGGCUACACGGGGCUGCUCCUCGGCUGUUCUAUCGUCACCUUCUUCGAGUUCUUUGUUUACGUGGGACUCAUCAUCGCGGUUGUGUUCAAGAACCUCAGGACGAGUCAGCAGACAGUCCGUCCCGCCACCAAGGUCUUUCUCAAGGACACCCACUGACUCGUCCUCUCAUCUUCCUAUACGAGUGAAAGCAAAGACUUUAUACACGAACGGGAUAAGGUUAUUUAUUCCUAUGUUUCUCUUGAAUGACAUCUUUUCCUAGUUGUGUGUGCGUGCGGGUACAUGUUGAAGCCACCGAGAGAUCGUUACGCAGGUUCUCGUGGUUUAUUUAUUUUAUUUAUUUUAUUAUUUUAUUUAUUUUUAUUUAUUUAUUUAUAUUAUUUUAUUUAUUUUUCGUAGCGCAGAUUCCUUGAUGAAUUAUUGCUGGGAUCAUGAAAGCACACUCGAAGAUCCAAUUAACCUCAAUAAAGCCUGUUGAAAGAAAUCGAGAUGAGAUGCCGGAAUGUUUUAGAAUACGGUUCAUUGUUUUGUGUUGUCACGUGUCUUGUCCCAGCAAUCUCAGGAUACUUGUGAUGGCUGCUGCACUGUUGAUGUAACGAAACGCCUAUAAUAAUUCAUAAACAAACCAGAAGCAACACACAGAUAAACACUAACGAAAUAUAAAGCAAAUCAACGAACUUUUAAGAAAUCAUAACAUAUGCUUUCAUUUUCCUCCCAAAAGGUGGCAUGCAACUUUUAUUAUUUGUCUAUUUUUGUAUUUAUUUAUUUAUUCACUCAUAAUACUGCGUCAGGUGGCUAUUCCUUAGUAUACACGGAAGCUAAAAAAUACGUGUGACAUAAUAUCAACAGGUAAUGUGUACUAAUAUCAGGUAAUUAAUUGCGUUGAUGGUUUAAGUGUACUGCGUGUUUAUGAUAGCAGUGGUGGUGGUACAGUGAACUCAAGGUAAUUUCAAAGAGCAACAGCCACUAGGUCCUAACGAGGCUGUUUGAUUUAACUGCGCCAAUCUACAUUAACUAGAGCAUAACUAGUGAAAGUACAAAGAAAGAGAAAGGAGUAGUUUGUGGGUAUUAUUACUGCAUCGUGUGUAUAUGAGUGUUUGUUAGUAUGGUGAUUAGGUAUGUGUGCGUAGAGGAGGUGUGUUCCUUUGUUCGCCUUUGUGGUAAUAGUUCGAUAGUUAGCCAUAAUGACUGUCCUAUUAGUCAGUACAGAGGAUAUUGAACAGCAUAGGUGAAAGUGUUGUGUGGUGUGAAGAGAGAGCACUAAUGGUGACGGUGAUGGUGGUGGUGAUGGUAAAGUUUUAUAUUCUGUCUGUAGAUAAGAAGGAAAGGAACAUAUUACAGAGGUAGUGUAGUUGGUGGUAGUACUGGUAUAAUAAAAACAUUCCAAGCUC